AUGCUUAAUGUGCCUCGACAAACAGUAUCUCAUGCAGUCUAUCGUUUCAAAGAGUUUUGCAGUGAUGGUCCAUGUCCAGGAAGUGGACGAAAACGUAUGGUGAACACUUACAAUAAUCAUAAGACCACCAAAAAACAUUUGAAUAAUAUUUUGGAUACAAAUCGAAUCCGCACAACGUCCUACCAUCCCCAAUCCAAUGGACUUGUAGAACGUUUCCACAGGGAUCUUAAGAGUUCUAUUAUAGCCCAUUGUCAACCAAACUGGACUGAAACUAUUCCCAUAGUUUUACUCGGAAUUCGAUCUGCAAUUAAACCAGACAUAAAUGCCACAUGUGCUGAAUUAGUCUUUGGUACAACCCUCAGAUUGCCUUCUGACAUUUUAACCUCAAAAGUAGAUCUAUCAAUACCAACAGAUACUUAUGUAUCAAAAUUCAAAGCAUUAAUGCAAUCUAUAAAUCCUAUCCCUACGUCUAGACACUCGGUUAAGCCUAUUUAUAUUCAUCCAUCCUUAAGUACUUGCUCUCAUUUAUUUUUGAGAGUGGACAGUGUUAAACCUCCCCUUUCACCUCCUUACACUGGUCCACACCUUGUAAUCAGCAGGAAAGAUAAAACUUUUGUAUUAAAAGUUAAUAAUAAAAAUGUCACAGUUUCCAUUGACCGUGUCAAACCUGCUUAUGUGUUGACAGGAUCUGAUGACUCGUUACCUUCUGUAUCUGCAACUAUUCAUAAAACUGAAGGUGAACUUUUUUCUAAAAAUGAACAAUUACCGACAAAACCAACUACCACUCGUAGUGGACGUCAUGUCCAUUUUCCAACGAGGUUAAUUACUGAGAUAUAA